GGUAGAAAUUGUUUCGCAGGCGGCGGUCUAGAGGCUGAACAACUUCUAGUACAUUGCCUCGUCUCCUUUCCUCAUCAAAGUUAUAUUCCUUCAAAAACUUGCUCGGCUUUAUCAACAUGUGGGUGGUUUAUUGAAUUAUUCGAAAUUUCUGAUGCCAUGCUGUUUCAGUUACAUCAGAAAUUGGAGAAGGAGUGGCAAAAACGGUCCGGUUGCGAACGACCUUCAGAGUGUCUGCCCGUGAAACGUUUUCUUCAGUCUGAAACAUUAAUCAUAGUUAUUCUAUGUACAUUUUUGUUGUUACAAGCUGUUUUAUUAAUUGCGAGUAUUGUUCUCUGCGAACAUCGUUCUCAUGUGGAACGUAAAAAGCUCCUCGAGCAACGUGACGAAGACGACGACUGA